UUUGCGAGUACCGGAGUCACGUCAUACCGGUUUUCCUCUCUCUCUCUCUCUCCCUCUCCGCUUCUCUCUCCUCCGCACGUUCUUUCUCUCUCAGACCACUCCUCUCUCCUCUCAUCUCCUCCGAUCACCCCCACUGAUGCUCCUGCUCUCCGGUACCAGGGACAGUGUCUCGCGCUGCGCUUGUGCGAGCCUGAGGACCUGGAUCCGCUGUUUUACCGCGUUGGAUUUUGAUCCGUCAAACAGAAAAAGGAACAAGAUGGAUAGGAUACAAGAAGAAGCGCGCGGGCCGUAGCUACAGACUCUAUCCCGUCACGACAUGUCACUUGCCAUGACAGAGCCGUCUAUGAGCUUCAUUGAAUAUGCGUAACGAGAGCAGAAGAUACGAUUUAAUCGUUGGCAAUGAACUUGAAUUUCCAUUCCUCCACAUUAACGGGAGGACAUGGCUCAAUACACAUGUUCCUAAAUGCUUUGGAACAUAAUUCCUUUUUCUGCAUCAUCUCAGUAAGACAUCAGUAGAGCAGUUUGUCAGUGCACAGCGCAUUAUGUCCGUUCAGUGCUGCAUUGAUGUAAGGGAAACGCUGGAGCGGAGGACACACCGAACCGUCGUGUGAUGUGACUCGUGUCUCAGCACCACAUCCGUCCUGGGAUUACUGCUGGAGUACCAAACAAUCUCUAGAAAUAGUCUAAUGGACAAUUACUCAACGCUUCAGUUGCAGUGUCUGGAGAUGACUACUAAGAGGAAGAUCAUCGGCCGCCUGGUGCCCUGUCGAUGCUUCCGGGGGGAGGAGGAGGUCAUCUCAGUGCUGGAUUAUUCCCACUGUAGCCUGCAGCAGGUCCCUAAGGAGAUCUUCAGCUUCGAGCGCACGCUAGAAGAGCUCUACCUUGACGCCAACCAGAUUGAGGAGCUGCCUAAGCAACUCUUCAACUGUCAAGCACUCAAGAAGCUGAGCAUGCCUGACAAUGACCUCUCCAACCUGCCAACCACCAUCGCCAGCCUUGUGAAUCUAAAGGAGUUAGAUAUUAGUAAAAAUGGUAUUCAAGAGUUUCCAGACAACAUCAAAUGCUGUAAAUGUCUAUCAGUUGUGGAGGCCAGUGUAAAUCCUAUAGCCAAGCUCCCAGACGGCUUCACCCAGCUCCUCAACUUGACACAGCUCUUCUUAAAUGACGCCUUCCUUGAAUACCUGCCUGCCAAUUUCGGGAGAUUAUCUAAAUUACGGAUCCUGGAGCUUCGUGAGAAUCAUCUGAAAACUAUGCCAAAGUCAAUUCAUAGGCUGUCGCAACUGGAGCGGUUAGACUUGGGAAGCAAUGAAUUCUCUGAACUGCCAGAAGUGCUGGAGCAGAUCCAUAGUUUAAAAGAGCUGUGGUUGGACAACAAUUCAUUACAAACCAUACCAGGGUCUGUUGGGAAACUGAGGCAGCUGCGGUAUCUAGACUUGGCCAAGAACAGGAUUGAGAGUCUGGAUGCAGAUAUCUCUGGCUGUGAGUCCUUAGAGGAUCUACUCCUCUCCUCCAACAUGCUGCAACAGUUACCUGAUACAAUAGGAAAGUUGAAAAAGUUGACAACAUUAAAAGUUGACGACAACCAGCUCACCUCACUGCCUAACACCAUUGGAAGUGCACGUGGCAAAACCGGUUUAUCACUUUUAGAGGAGUUUGACUGUAGCUGUAAUGAACUGGAAUCCCUGCCUCCCACCAUUGGCUACCUGCACAGUCUUCGGACAUUUGCUGCCGAUGAGAACUUCCUGACUGAGCUGCCCAGGGAGAUUGGAAACUGCAAGAAUGUCACGGUCAUGUCCUUGCGCUCCAAUAAACUGGAGUUUCUGCCUGAUGAAAUUGGACAGAUGACAAAGCUACGUGUUCUCAAUCUAAGUGACAAUAGGUUAAAGAAUCUUCCCUUCACUUUCACUAAAUUGAAAGAUCUUGCUGCACUCUGGUUAUCUGACAAUCAGUCCAAGGCCCUUAUCCCCCUUCAAACAGAGGCUCACCCUGAGACCAAACAGAGAGUCCUUACCAACUACAUGUUUCCUCAGCAGCCUCGGCACGAUGAGGAUUACCAGUCUGACAGUGACAGCUUUAAUCCCACUCUCUGGGAGGAACAGAGACAGCAGAGGAUGACAGUGGCAUUUGAGUUCGAGGACAAGAAGGAAGAAGAGGACAACUCAGGAAAAGUGAAGGUUGAGAUUAAUCUGAAGCGCUAUCCCACCCCUUACCCAGAAGACCUAAAGAACAUGGUGAAGUCAGUGCAGAACCUGGUGGGUAAAACCACUCACCCCCUCAACACUGAAAAAUGUUCUUCUGGGACCAAUAUGGAGCUCCACAGCCAAGACAAGUAUGAGCCCAAGUGGCCCAUUGCUCCUAAAGAGGUGACGGAACGAGAGGUCAAAGACUUUUCUAAACCACCAAUGUCUGAUCAAGGUGUCAUCCUCAACUCAGCCAUUGACAUCCCAAAACGCAAAGACAAAGAAGAUCUGACUGAAAGUUCGGAAAUUUCUUUACAUCGCGUCGUUCCCAAGCCGCAACAGCCAGAGAAUACGAGCCUGGCCGUUACUUCCUCUUCCUGUUUCUGCCUCAUAGACUCCAUGGGAGGCUCCCCUAAUGAUAUCCGAAUUUCUGACAUGAGGCCGACUUUGGUAGAACCACCAAUGUACAAACCAAAGGUUGUGCUGCUGGGCAAGGAAAAAAAAGAGUCCACUGAUGAGUCUGAGCCAGACAAAAUGCAUUGUUUGAACAACAGCGGAUCAUCUGCCACUUAUUCAGACUAUUCACCCUCCCAGGGAUCAUCUGGCUCCUCCAACCCACCUGGAAAUGUCAGUAAUCUGCAAACAUCUGGGAAAGAGGGGCCAUCACAGACUCACUGGACCAACAGGCUGGCUCAGUCUUUUCCAAAGCCCAUUGAAAGCAAGCCCCUUCUGAGCCAAAGGGAAACACCUCCUUCCAGCACGCUGCAGCAGCGAGGUGAGAGGCGGCCACUGAGCGACACCUUCGACAGCUGGAACGACGCCCCCCACUACGAUAACACUGGUUUUGUGGCAGAGGAGACACCUCUUGACACUCCGAGCAGCAGCGCUGGAAACCCCAUGCUAGGCUCAAAGCCCCGGAGUGCCUCAAUGGCACACGGCCGGCGGCCUCUCAUGAGACAAGAACGCAUCGUGGGAGUCCCUCUAGAGCUGGACCAGUCGCAACACACUUUCCACACUGUUCGCCCCACCCCUGAAACUGAAGUGCCUCCUCCCUCUAACCCCUGGCAGAACUGGACGAGGACUCCCAGUCCCUUCGAGGACAGGACAGCUUUCCCUUCCAAGCUGGAAAUCACUCCAGCCAACAGCCCCAAUCCUGAUCGUAAAGACUUCGAACAGGAGAUGGGAGAACUACCCGGCACUUUUCCCUCGACUGGAGCCUGGGGAUUUCUGGACUCUACGGACUCAGGGACGGGACGAGGUCAUCCCAACAUUUCUGCUCAUGUCCAGGGUGUAAAAGAACCCAACAAAGUAGGCACCAUGGUUAUUAGCAAGAGCUCCGAGAGACUUUCGCCAAUGAUGAAGGAGGUAAAAGCGAAAUUUAAGAAAUCUCAGAGCAUAGAUGAAAUCGAUACUGGGUCGUACAAGGUUUACAGCAUUCCCUUGGACAGCUACAGUUCUAGUGUAGAAAACCAGGGAAGUGUUGAUAGAGCAGACCUCCCUGUACAUCUAGAACAGAGCAUGUCCAGGAGCCAGUCAGCUCCAAUGCUGGACGACGAUCUGGAUGGCUAUGGAUCGAGAAGCUCCCAGCAACAAAAGCCCGCCAUCCCAAAGAAAGUUUACCAUUUUGACCAAAGCUUCAACCCACAAGGAGCCAUGGAUGUUAUGAAGGCGGAGAGGAGAGUUCCUCCACCGUUCCCCAAUGCCCCUGAAUACGUUAACCAACCUGGGAAGACGUUGCCAAAGGAACUCGUGAGCCCGAGAGGCUACCGAGGCUAUCCACCGAUGGAACAGAUGUUUUCGUUUGCUCAGACCGCGGUCACCGACGACGCCCUCAAUCCCCAGCUCACGGUCCAGCCCCAGCGCUCCAGGCCGGGCUUCCUGAGGCGCGCCGACUCUCUGGUAAGUUCGACAGAGAUGGCGCUGUUCCGCAGAGUUGCUGAGAACCAAGAGCUGCAGCUGGCAGAGCACUACAACAGGUCUCAGCAGAGCAUGCUGGAACAACAGAACAGCUUGUCCACCAUUUCUGACACCCAGUUCCACAAGAGGAAUGGUAGGUAUGAUGAAGAUUACUCGUCUUAUCAAGAACCCAAAAAGCCCAUCAUGGGUUACCCCACCAAGAGUCUGACACAACGUCGCCCCCUGUCUGCACGGAGCUACAGCACAGAGACAUACGGGGCAUCUCAGGCAAGGCCAGUGUCUGCCCGACCCACCAUGGCUGCACUGCUGGAGAAAUUGCCUUCAGAUUACAAUCUUAGUACAUGCAUGGAGAAGAGCCCUGAAGCUGACAUGAAGAUGAGACCUGUCCCUCAAAAACAAGAGGACCCGACCUCCAAAAUGCCAGUAGAUUGGAGACAGCAGCUGCUAAGACACAUAGAAGCAAAGAGGCUAGACCGGAGCGCUGUCCUUAAGCACAACACAGUAAACUUCGGCAUGCUGUACUCUGGAGGCUAUGCUGCACCGCAUGCCAGCAGAAGCAUGACAAUAAACUUUUACAAUAACACAAAGCAUGAAAACCAAACAACUCAGUGGCUACCUCUACCAAAUACACCUUCACAACAGAGCAAUAUUUUAGAUAAUGGACAAGAGGUGGUUUCCCCAAGUAGCCAGUGGGCCCCGUAUUCACUGGGACGAAGAGACGUGCCACCAGAGAACAUGAAUAUCAUCAAAAAGCCUGGUGUUCACAAUCCCCAUCAACAACAGACUAUGAUGAUAACCUCAGCCCCCCCUCCCCACCGGACGGCCCGUGACCAGCAGUAUGAGGGGGCUAUCAACAAGGUGUCCAUUCAGCAGUACCAGUCGCCUCUGCCCAUGCCCAUUACCACCACCAGCCCCCGGCCUCAGAGUGCCCGCUGCUUCAUCCAGACUAAAGGCCAGAAGAGCAUGGACGGCUUUCCAGAGCAGCUCUGUGUGAGGAUCGAGAAGAACCCUGGCCUUGGUUUCAGCAUCUCAGGGGGAAUCAGUGGACAGGGGAACCCCUUCAAGCCCUCGGACAUGGGUAUCUUUGUUACUAGGGUACAGCCUGAUGGACCUGCCUCCAACGUUCUUCGACCAGGGGACAAAAUUCUGAAGGCCAACGGACAUAGUUUCUUACACAUGGAGCAUGAAACUGCAGUGUCUCUUCUGAAGAAUUUCCCGAAAACUGUGGACUUGGUAAUCUUAAGGGAGAGCACAACAUAAAUAUUUUUAUAGCUUAAAGACUUCUCAGCCAGAUGGAACACAGGAACUUGUACAUCUUCUUUUUAUCUAGGAACAAUUUUGCCAAUUGCUGGACCAAUGGCAAAUUCCAGUGCCAAAUGUACACUAGAGGACAUAUCUAAUAACGUUACAUAUGGCUUACACAUUCUACACGAACAUACAUUGGUUGAAAUCUUUCGUUGAUGUUGCUGAUAUUCUUCUUUAUCUCAGCCUGUGGCUGUAAGUGGGUGCAUUUUUUCCUGCUUAUUUAUAUGGCGUAUUAUUUUGUACCUAUUUUUCCUAGCAGCUUUUCGGUUUAAU